GUUAUGUAGGCGCCACAGCUUUUGUGCUAUUUCGGAUUUUGUGUGGUCCUGUCGCGUGAAUCACUGCCAUUGAGCGGCUAGUCAGAUGUCCAUAAAAACCCCAUAGCAGCUUCGACGCCUGUUCAUAUCGCCCAUACUCUCUCCCCCGUCAUGUCGAAGCUCAACACGCAGGGCAUUCUCGCCCUCAUCACCGCUGUGGCUUACCUCCCAUUCCUCUUCAUUUCUUUCUACAUUUCCAAGAAACAUGGUUUUGGAAGGAAUGCGGGUUGGGUUCUUCUUUUGAUCUUUUCCAUCAUUCGAGUGGUUGGUGGUGCACUAUUGGUAGCCGCCGAGGAGAUCACACCUCCUAACAUAAAUCUGUACAUUGCUGGCUACGCCUGCGAGGCAUCAGGGGUUUCUCCGCUUCUGAUGUGUACUCUAGGUCUCUUGCAGACAGUAACCCAAGGACCUGAUGGACGCUCAAAGAACGCUAGGGUUUUCAGGCUAAUCCAUCUUGUGGGCUUGGCUGCCCUCGUCCUCACCAUCAUUGGUAUCUCAGACGCAACCAGCUCCAGCUCCGAUUCUCAAAGCCACGCGAAUCUCUUCCGACGCAUUGGUGUCCUUGUUUUCGGUCUAAUGUUCAUCAUCUUGGCUGCAAUUGCCCUCUUCUUAUGGUGCCAAGUCGGAUCCCUGAUGAAGCAUCGUCGCACUUUGCUUGUUGCCAUCACUAUUGCACUCCCCUUCAUCGGCGUUCGAACGUUGUAUAGCAUACUCUCGACCUUCUCAUCCAGCUCGUUCGGCAUCUCAGGCACUUCCACCACCACGUCUACAACAACAAACUCUUUGUCCCAGUUCAACAUGUUCAAUGGCAAUUGGCACAUCUACGUCAUCAUGGGCAUGGUGACAGAAUAUGUCGCCAUCAUUGUCUACUCUGUAGCUGGCAUGAUUUUGCCCCUCGAGAGUGAUUACAAGCUCACGACGUAUGGAGAUGAAUACCCCCUUUACCCAGAAGGCCAUUAUCAGUAUCCUCAACAAUACCGUCCAGCUUAGUCAAACAACUACCAAUAAUUGACGAAGCUUAAAGCUUAAAGACCUGGCAAAUUACGGGCCACAUAAUCAAAACACCUCUUGGACAAACUGCAACUAUAUGUUUGCUUUGCUCGAUUAGUUGUUUCAUGACACGAUAGUAUUUAUUGAUACCCCCCGAUCAAUAUCGAUCUUUAUAACUGAUUCAUCUGUGAUGUCCUUGUGACAAUCGUAUCUGUAGCAUACCCAGUUGCAGUGUAUAAUAUUAAAGACGCAGUGGCGUGUAGCGAAGCG